AUGUCGAAAAUGAUAUUAUCAUUAAUACAUCUAAUGCCUCGCCAGAGAUUGAAUAUGAUGAUAAUUUACUAUUUUUUUAUUUGCUAUUACUUGUACGAUUCAUUAGCUGUUGUUUCGGCUUUUAAUCUUGAUAUUCACGCUCCAAUUUAUAAAAUUGGCCCUAAUUAUUCAUAUUUUGGUUUUGCUGUUGCGGAACAUUUCAAGGCAAAUAUUCCGACGUUGAUGUCAAGUCCAACUUUCAUUGCCCAAUUAUCUAUCUAUUUUUUAUGCGAAAAAAAGCUCAAAAUGGAUUUAUAA